GGUCGGCAGCAGGAGGUGGACUGGUCUGUGGGAACAGAUGACUGGAGGCUUGCUGCGGACCAGUUCGGCUCCAAAGACUGGACCAGGUUCUGAAAAGUUCCCGUCGAUGCGGUCAGCGGGCGCAGCGCGUGCACGGAGCAUGUUUUCAGGUGCAGUCAGACAGGAGGACCACCCCAGGCAUUUGAUGCUGAGCAGCUAAAGGUCAACACUUAUUGCAUCUGUCAUGGCAGACAAAGAAUCGCUGCCCGUUACUCCAGGGCAGGUCUACAUUGAGGUGGAGUACGACUAUGAGUACAAGGCAAAAGAAAAGAUGGUGACCAUUCGUCAGGGAGAAUGCUAUUUGCUGGUGAAGAAGACCAAUGAGGAUUGGUGGCAGGUGAGAAAGGAGGAGGGCGCAAAGGCUUUUUAUGUGCCAGCGCAAUAUGUCAAGGUAGUGCGUCAGGCAAUUAUGCCCCCCCAGAAACCCGCCCUGAGAGCCAAACCUACCGUUUUGGAUAUAUGCAAGGAGUCCAAUGAGAAUUUCAACAGACCACAUCCGGAAAUGACCAGCUUUGGUCACCCGUCGCCCUCUUCCACCCCCUCGCCGUCUUCUGACCCUGUCACUCCACCCGUUCUCUCAAAGGAUACAAAUCAGAAUGUGGGGAGUCCUCACCAUUGCAAGCUGGUAGCAGAACUGGUGCUGUUUCACAACAACAACAACCAUCACCACAGCAACGGUUUGUUGUUUCCUCAAACACAGGAUGAUUUACCUCUGCUCAAAGUGGGAAACAACCACCGCAAAAGUUUGGAUGGAAACAGGAGCUCCACACCAGGGGAGGGGUCCAACAAGCUCCGCCACGACUCUGAAUCUGGGGACGAGUUGAGCAGCAGUUCAACGGAGCUCAUGCAGCCAACAUCCCCUACAGGUCCUGGUCGGUCAAACUCCCCAGUAUACACCAACCUCCAGGAGUUGAAGAUCUCUCAGUCAAGCCUGCCCCCCAUCCCCUCUGCCUCCCCACUCCAUAUCUUGGGUGACUGGGAGACCCAUAAAGACCUGAGUGGUAGAUAUUUCUACUACAACCGAGGUACGGGGGAGCGGACCUGGAAGCCACCGCGCACCAGAGACACCAGCACCAUUAGUGUCCGAGGAGACAGCCUAGGCACAGCAGACAGUGAGCCACCGUCCUCAGAGGAAAACUGCCACAGCACCCACUCCAGCCAGUCAGAUAGCCAGUACGGAUCGCCCCCCAGAGGCUGGUCUGAGGAGCUGGAUGAACAUGGACACACGUUCUACGUGUCUGAACUCACACAGGAGAAGUGGAUCAAACAUAUUGAUGAACAAGGCCGACCUUAUUACUACAGUGUUGAUGGAUCCAAAUCCAAAUGGGAGCUGCCAAAUUAUAAUAUUUCCUCUCAGUCUGGCGAAAUCCCGAAGAGUCGCAGCUUGGAGAGGAAGCAGUCCGAUUCCAUCCUCCUCACCAAGUGGAGGCACAGCACCUACGUGUUAGACCUCAAUGACAAGAUGAGCAUGUGGAUCUGAGUGACAGUAAGUGGGAGGACAUCCACGUAACCACCGGUGCUCUUAAAAUGUUCUUCAGAGAACUUCCUGAACCUCUCUUCACAUAUGGAUUCUUCAAUGACUUUAUGAAUGCCAUCAAAUGUUCAGACUACAAGCAGCGAGUGAAUUUUGUCAAAGAUUUAAUCAAGAAGUUGCCAAAACCCAACCACGACACAAUGCAGGCCCUCUUCAAACACCUACGAAGGGUGAUAGAGUUCGGAGAGGCCAACCGCAUGACCACCCAAAGUGUCGCCAUCGUGUUUGGACCCACACUGCUGCGGCCCGAGACCGAGAUGGGCAACAUGGCUGUGCACAUGAUCUACCAGAACCAGCUCGUGGAGCUCAUUCUGCUCGAGUAUGAAAGUGUUUUUGGAAGGUAGAAGAGGACUGGUUCUUCUACGUGAACUGGACAGUGCUGUGGACCAAGCCAGUUGGACGAGGAAAAAAGAAAAAAAAACUACAAAAGUGAUGCACUUACGUUUAGGAACAACUUGUGUGACUCUCAUCCGCCUUUGAUGUGGGUCAAAUGUGAACCAAAUUUCCGACUGGUGUGUGGGAUUUAGAGCGGUUCCACAUACUGGAUUCCUGUGGCCAGUCAUUCAAAGCCAAGCCGACAGCACUGUUCCUCCUGCUGUUGGAAUCA